AUGGAUGACGAGUUGUUGCUGCAGCUCAAUGAACCCGAGGACUACGGGGAGAUGGCUAACCCAGAGGGAGAGCAACGAGAGGAAGAGGAUGACAGUUCCAACAUUCUUGACAGCGAAGAUAUUUGGGAAGUGAUUUCCUCCUUUUUUAGAGAGAAAGGCUUGGUCCACCAGCAAAUUGACUCCUACAAUGACUUCCUGAUGCGUAUCCCGCGGAUGGUCCGAGAGAUUGUGGUGAUUCCGAUGCAAGAUGAACAGUACGAUCCCGGCAUGGGUCUGGAGGAGGAGCCCGAUCAGCCGCGUUUCUCGCUUGAGGAUGUGGCAAUCGGCAACCCUUCGCAUGAGCUGUCCCAUUACAAGCAGAGCAACGCGCCACCGCUCUUUCCAAAUGAGUGCCGUCUGCGUGACAUGACGUACGAUGCUCAGGCCCAAGUCGCCCUCAGUGUUCAGCUCUACCGUCCUAAUGAAGACACACCACGCCAUACAUACCUGCAGAACAUCGAGCUUGGCCGUAUUCCUGUCAUGCUGAAGUCUAUGCGUUGCAACCUCGAAGGAAAGGAUGAGGACGAGCUGCCGCCCCUCAGCGAAUGCCCUCAUGAUCAAGGAGGGUACUUUGUGAUUAACGGUACUGAGAAGGUGCUCAUCGCACAGGAGCGUCAGGCCGCCAAUCAGGUCUACACUUUCUCAAGGCAAAAAGGACUGCUUUGUGAAGUCAAGUCAAUCGUUGAGGGUUCUUUGAACAAGCCCCGGACGCUACAGAUAAUUAUGCAGUACAAAAGUAAGGGACCUGGUGGCGGCUUUGAGAACUUGGUUUGCCGCGUCGCCCAGAUGGAUGAGACCAUUCCGUUGUUCGUGCUCUUCCGUGCCAUGGAUAUGGUGACUGAUAAGGAGAUUUUGCAAACCGUGGUGCCCGACUUGAAGGACACUGCCAUGUUGGAACUGCUGCGAGGCUCCAUCGCCGAUGCGAGUUCCCUCAGGAUCUUCACCCGGGAUGAGGCCCUCGGUUACAUCGGUCGCCGCCUCGGUCGCCAGGACAGCAUGUCGAAUCUGAAACAGGAGGCAGAGAGCCUUCUGAUGCGCGAUCUACUGCCACAUAUGGGCACAGAUCCUUCUGCCAAUCGCAAUAAAUGCCUCUUCAUGGGGUAUAUGGUACACAAGCUUCUUUUGGUUGCACUAGGCCGACGUGAGAGCACCGACCGAGACUUCUUGGGCCACAAGCGCAUCGACGUUGCAGGGGCUCUGUUGACCUUCCAGCUCCAGAUGUACCUCUCGCAGGUGCGGAAAGAAAUGAUCAAGACGUUGCGGAUGCGCUCAGCAAGCUACCGCGACCGCUUCAGUUUCAGCAGUAUUCUUCAUAGCAAGCUCAUUACAGAUGGGCUCCGCCGCUGCUUGGCGACAGGCAAUUUUGGAGACCUGAGAUCUGGGAACAUCCGAACUGGUGUGGCGCAAACCUUGAAUCGGCUAACAUAUUCUUCAUCGUUGAGCAACCUACGUCGGAUACAGAAUCCCAUUGCAGCGUCCAGCAAGGCCACGCGUCCACGUAACUUGCAUUGCACUCAGUGGGGCUAUAUUUGCCCUGUGGAGACGCCCGAGGGGGGGUCGAUUGGAUUAUUGAAGAAUCUUUCGCUCAUGUGCCUCAUUUCCCGUGGUACGGACCACAUCGAUGUGGUUCAGACGGUCCAGGCGCGUGUCAACGGAUUUCACUCAAUAGGGUUUGAGGACAUGGCGGACGUGCGGGUUGCGCGCGUUUUUGUGAAUGGAUCGUUAAUAGGUGUCGAUCGCAACCCCGAGCGUCUGCUGCGCGAGCUACGCGCACGUCGCUGCAACGGCGAGCUCAGCAACGAAAUCAGUAUUGUGAGGUAUAUCCGUGAUCGCGAGGUUCGCGUCUUCUCUGACGCUGGACGUUGUCUCCGUCCGCUCUUUGUCGUUGACAGGGGCCAAUUGAAACUACGCAAAACUGGUAUGGCUGACCUACUGGAGCCGUCAAGGGUGGCGAACCGCAAGCAUGAAAUCUCUUGGAGUCGUGUGCUUAAGAAAGGGUAUGUCGAGCUCAUCGACUGCGGGGAAGAAGAUUCCUUGCUGAUCGCCAUGACUCCAAACGAUGUUAAAAAUAAUUACUACUACUCGCAUUGCGAGAUGGAUCCCUCUAUGAUUCUUGGCAUCUGCGCGUCCAUCAUUCCCUACCCUAACCACAAUCAAUCACCGCGCAACACGUAUCAGUCUGCUAUGGGUAAGCAAGCCAUGGGUAUUUACGCUUCUAACUUUAACAUGCGCAUGGACACGACUGCGCACGUGCUGCUCUACCCACAAAAGCCGUUGGUUCGAACUAAGGCAAUGACUUACAUGCGUAGCAACGAUCUCCCGGCUGGCCACAACGCAGUAGUCGCCAUUGCAUGCUAUUCUGGCUACAAUCAAGAGGACUCCAUCAUCAUGAGUCGAUCUGCUGUCGAGCGCGGCUUCUUCCGAAGUGCUUUCUGGCGUUCCUACAAAGUAAAGGAGGAGCGGCAGAGGAAGGAUGCACUGGAAUCGUUUGAGAUUCCCGAUCGCAACAUUUGUCGCAUGAAGCGCGCGGACUACUCCAAGCUGGAUACAGACGGACUGAUCAAACCUGGGAUGCCGGUGAUGGGUGGUGAUGUGCUUGUGGGCAAAACCGUCCCCCUUUCCGAGACAGACCUCGAGCGUACAUCGAACAACAACAGCCGCAUCACGAAGCGCGACACCAGCGUCACCUCGAGGACGACGGAGAAGGGUGUUGUCGAUAAGGUGAUGCUUACCCUUAACAACAAGGACCGCUACACAAAGGUGAAGAUUCGCACGAUCAAGAUACCCAACGUUGGGGACAAGUUCUGUAGUCGUCACGGCCAAAAGGGCACCAACGGCAUCCAAUUUCGUCAAGAGGACCUCCCUUUUAACCGCGACGGCGUUGUGCCUGAUCUCAUCAUCAACCCACAUGCCAUUCCCUCGCGUAUGACGGUUGCCCAUCUGAUCGAGACACUCGCUGGAAAGGUGGCAUGCUACAAAGGAGGGGAGGUCUACGCGACACCGUUCUGCUCGGUUGUUGUCGAGGACUUCGGCAAGGCGCUGCACCAGCUCGGUUCCCAGCGGUAUGGAAACGAGUGCAUGUACAACGGGCACACUGGCCUGCCACUGGACCAUCUAAUUUUCUUUGGGCCAACGUAUUAUCAGCGCCUGAAGCACUUGUCAGAGGAUAAGAUCCAUGCCCGUCCGCGUGGUCCUCUCCAACCCCUCGUGCGUCAGCCAACCGAAGGACGCGCACAUGAGGGUGGGCUUCGUUUUGGCGAAAUGGAGCGUGACUGCAUGCUUUCCUACGGUUCCUCACAGUGGCUUCGAGAGCGCCUCUUCCGUGUCAGCGACUACUACGCCGUGCAUGUGUGUAAUAUAUGUGGAACGAUUUGCGUUGCCGACACAAAGCUCCACAGAUAUCAGUGCAAAGGGUGUGACAAUGACACACGAAUCUCGCAUGUGCUUAUGCCAUACGCGUGUAAGCUUCUUUUCCAGGAGCUUAUGUCUAUGGCUAUCCUUCCUCGCUUAAAGACCGGACCACUCUGA